AUGGAUGCAUAUCUUAAUAGAUUUGAACGCUAUGCUGAAAAUCAGGGUUGGCCACAGACUAGCUGGGCCAUAAGUCUUAGUGCUUUACUUCGUGGUAAGUCGUUAGAUGUAUACUCAAGGUUAUCAGCUGAUCAGUCAAAAGAUUAUGCAACACUGAAGGAUGCUUUGUUGAAGAGAUUUGAACUCACGGCAGAUGAUUUCCGUAAGAAGUUCAGAUUUUCUAAUCCCGAGGUAGGAGAGACUCCUAGUCAGUUUGUUGUGAGGUUGUCCCAUUAUUUAGAUAAGUGGAUAGAAUUGUCUGAAGCUCAGCACUCAUAUGAUGGUAUUGUACAAUUACUUCUAAUGCAGCAAGUCUUAGAAAAAGGAGGUCAAGCACUAGCAUUAUUUCUAAAAGAAAGAAAACCAAAAUCUGCAGAUGAAAUGGCAGGUCUGGCAGAUACAUUUGUUGAGGCACAUGGGGGUCACUAUGGAGUACCUAAAAAGAACUCCCCCUUGAACCAUAAGAGUAAACCUAAGGGUAGUACUGCGGUAUCCAAUGCGCCAAUUGCUGAGAACAAGGUUAAGGGUGAACAAUCAGGCCAUCGUAGGAAGGGUCCAUGCUUUGUUUGUAACAAAAUGGGUCAUUUUGCGCAAGAUUGUAAUGUUAGACUCCAAGGCGCGAGUUUAGUUAGUUCUCAGAAGCCACCAAUAGGUAAGCGUAGGAACCAAAAGAAUCAGUUAAGAGAAACUCAAGAUUUAGUAGGGAAACAGACAUCAGGCAGUUGUCCCACUUGUAGUUCUUCUGGGUCUCAGGAAACUCAGAUCACUGAUAGUGUAGAGUUAGGAGAGUUCUUAGUGUCUUCUGCUGAGUAUAUUCAAUCUCCUUCUAAAGAAAUUCUAGAGAUAGAAAAGCAUAGGGAAGUCACUAGUAUGUGUGCUACUUGUAAGCGUCGUUGGCAUGAUAAGCUUCCAGUUAGGAAUGGAAAACUUGAAUCACAUGAUGUGAGUGUCCUUAGGGAUACAGGUUGUUCAGGUGUAAUCGUGAAGAAGUCACUGGUAUUGCCAGAACAGUUUACUGGUCAGUCUAAGUGGUGUGUCUUAAUUGACCAAACAAUUAGGAAGUUCCCAAUAGCUAGGGUCAACAUUGAUUCUCCUUGGUUUGUUGGCAAGGUAGAAGCUUUGUGCGUAGAGACGCCUGUAUUUGACGUAGUUCUUGGUGAAAUUGACAAUGUGAGACCAGCGAAGGAUCCAAUUCCAAAUUGGAAACCUGGUCAACCAUGCAAGUCGCAUGACAAUGUGAACAUGGCAGUUCAGACUCGAGCUCAAGUUCGUGAAGCUCAGCGGCCACGGCCGACUUUGAAGGUUCCGUCAGCCAUACCUGAUGUUUCUUCAGAAGAUAUCAAAGAGGCUCAGAUGGCUGACCCAACGCUAAAGAAAGCGAUGGAGUAUGCUAGUUUGAAUAGUAAAGAUCGUGAAGAUAGUGAAAUUUCAGGACAUAGUUCAUAUUUUGUCUUUGAUGGUGGAUUGUUACACAGGGUUUUUCAACCAAAGUCUGUGCUUAGUGGUAAUGAAGUUAGGCAGUUAGUUGUUCCCAAACCUUAUAGGCAAGCUGUGUUGAAGUUAGCUCAUGAGAGUAUAAUGGGGGGUCACCAAGGUGUAAAGAAAGUAACUGAUAAGGUCUUGGCUAAUUUCUAUUGGCCUGGUGUCCAAGCAGAUAUUACUCGGUAUUGUAGGUCUUGCGAUAUCUGUCAGCGAACAGUCCCCAAGGGCAGAAUUCCUAAGGUCCCUCUAGGCAAGAUGCCUGUGAUAGAUGUUCCUUUUCUUAGAGUAGCUGUCGAUUUGGUAGGCCCAAUUAAACCAGUAACUGCUAGAAAGAACAUGUAUAUUCUCACAAUAGUAGACUAUGCAACCCGCUAUCCUGAGGCGGUUGCGUUGGCAAACAUUGAGACUAGUACAGUAGCUGAAGCUAUGGUAGAGGUCUUUUGUAGAGUUGGGGUUCCCCAAGAGAUUCUAUCGGAUCGUGGUACCCAAUUUACCUCGGAGAUGAUGCGAGAAGUAGGGAGGUUAUUGUCGAUUCGACAGUUAACAACCACACCCUACCACCCCGCUUGUAACGGGUUAGUUGAGAGGUUUAAUCAAACACUUAAGCAGAUCUUGAAGAGAGUAUGUGCAGACCGUCCAAGUGAUUGGGACCGGUACUUGGCACCUGUUCUAUUUGCGUACAGAGCAGCCCCUCAGGCUUCACUUGGCUUCUCGCCUUUCGAACUCUUGUAUGGCAGACAGGUUCGAGGUCCUCUUGAGAUACUUAAGGAACUUUGGAGUGGUCAGGCUAAUGAUUCUGAAUUGAAGACUACAUAUCAGUACAUUGUUGAUCUUAAGGAUAGGCUUGAGAGUACCAUGGAAGUAGCACAGGAAGAGUUAAGUAAGUCAACCUCGCGAAAUAUGAGAUACUAUAAUGCCAAGAGUAGGGUUAGGAAGUUUGUUGCCGGAGAUAAGGUUCUGCUUCUCCUUCCAUCAGAUCACAACAAAUUGCUGUUACAAUGGAAGGGUCCUUUCAAGGUAGUCCAUAAAUUGAGUGAUCUUGAUUAUCGUCUCGACAUGAACGGAAAAGUGAAAACCUUUCAUGCUAAUCUCUUAAAGAGAUGCAUUGACCGGGCAGAAAAGCCUGAUGUUCCUUCGUCUGUUGACAAGUCUGAGGAAGAUACCACUUCUGCUGGGGCUUUAGAGGUAGUUGUUGGAGCUUCAGUUAUAGAUGGGUAUGAGGAUAAUAGUCAAGAGACUCCCUCUAUUCCAAGUAGUAUAAGGAUAGGUAUCCCAGUGUUAGAAGCACAGGAAACCAUUGAUGAUGUUGAACUUGGUUCUGAUUUGUCGACUCAACAGAGACACGAAGUUAGUUCUCUACUUGAGGAUUUUCCGGAUGUGAUGACUGAUGUGCCAGGUAAAACACUUUUAGGCAGUCAUUCUAUUCGUUUGACUUCUGCUGAUCCCAUUCGACAAAGACCAUAUCCCGUCCCACAUGCACUUCGUUCUGUGAUACAGGAUGAGACAGAGAAGAUGGUCAAAAUGGGAGUGAUAGAGAAGUCAAAUUCACCUUAUUCGUCCCCAAUAGUCAUAGUAAAGAAAUCAGAUGGCAGCAAUCGUUUCUGUAUAGAUUUCCGUAGACUGAAUCGCAUCACAAUAUUUGAUGCAGAACCUUUGCCAAGUGCAGAUGAAAUCUUCGCUAGUCUUUCUGGAUCUUGUUACUUUUCUAAGGUGGACUUAAGCAAAGGCUACUGGCAAAUCCCUUUGUCAGAAGAUGCCAAAGCAAAGACAGCUUUUCAGAGUCCAAGUGGAUUGUUCCAGUUUCGUGUCAUGCCGUUUGGUUUGGUCAAUGCACCUGCCACUUUUAGCAGGGUCAUGAGGUCUUUGUUGGCAGACAUGAAACACGUCACUAAUUAUCUGGAUGACAUUCUCAUUCAUACUUCGACUUGGUCAGAACACAUAUCUACCUUGUAUGAGCUUUUGGGAAGAUUGCGAGCAGCAGGGCUCACUGCUCGACCCAGCAAGUGCCAACUCGGUUGCACAAAGGUAGAAUUCUUAGGGCAUAUUGUCCAAGCAGGUAAGAUCCAACCCAUGUUGGAUAAGGUAGAGAAGAUCCGUGAUGCUAAGAAGCCUGAAACUAAGAAGCAGCUUCGUGCAUUCAUCGGAUUAGCCAGCUAUUACCGGCGCUUUAUCCCCAAUUUUGCGUCGAAAGCAUCACGUCUGACAGACAAGACAAGGAACCGGGAGCCUAACCAGUUGAAAUGGACUGCUGAAGAAGAGGCCGCCUUCAAAGUUUUGAAGGAAAGUCUCACACAGAGCCCCAUCCUUUGUCUGCCUGAUGUUCAGAAGAAGUUCAUUUUAAGAACAGAUGCAUCUUCUACUGGACUUGGUGCUGUACUCCUUCAGGAGCAUGAUGGAGAGAAACAGCCUGUUGCUUAUGCAAGUCGCAAGCUUCUUCCGCGUGAACAAGCCUUCUCGACUAUUGAGCGUGAAUGUCUCGGAUUGGUAUGGGGAAUAAGUAAAUUCCGUGUUUACCUUGAAGGUACAGACUUUGUCCUUGAAACAGACCACAAACCACUUCUAUACCUCAAUCGAGCAAAAUGUAUCAACAGUAGGGUAAUGAGGUGGGCCCUUUCCCUCCAGCCAUUUCGCUACCGCAUUGAGGCAAUUCGCGGCUCCGAGAACGUAGGAGCAGACUUUCUCAGUAGGUUGUAA